GGAAAGAUUAUGAGAGCAUGUAUCAUACUCCAUAACAUGAUAGUAGAAGACGAACGAGAUGGAUACACUCAAUAUGAUGUUUCAGAGUUCCAACAAGGAGAAGGCACCAGAGGUUCACAAGUGGAUCUCACGUAUUCUACAGAUAUCCCAACAAAUAUCGCCAAUAUGAUGGGCGUUCGAACUAGAAUUCAUGAUAGACAAAUGCAUCAACAACUGAAAGCUGAUUUGGUUGAACAUUUAUGGCGUAAAUUCGGACAAUAUCAAGACAACAACUGAGUUCGGAUGCUUCUUUCAAAUUAUUCUCGUUUAUUUUACUAAUCUUUUUUGUAAUGUUUUUUUAAAUCUAUGUUUAAAACGUUUUCUUUUAAUAUGUUCUAUUUAAUAAAUAAUUUUUAUCUUUAUAAAUUUUUAUCUUUAUAAAUUUUUAUUUAAAUAAAUUUUUUAUUUUUAAGAAUCCCAAAUUAAGAAACCUAUCAUUGGAGCUCUAAAAAUAGGGGUCUCUUGACUAAAAGUUCUUAACCAUUAUUAAUUACUAAAAGAUCAUUAAGAGACCCAUUUGGGUCUUUAGGGUUCAUGCCGGUCUUAAACAUUGGUCCCAUUUGACCCAAAAAAAAACAUUGGUCCCAUCCCUUAAUGUCAAGUUUAAUUUUUUUGUUAUUAUUCAAAUUAUUAAUCGUUAUGAUAUAAUCAUAUAGACAUAAUUAACCGUACGUGUAUAGUAAUGAGUUUGGUUAAUAAACGCAAGGAGCAUUGUUUCACAAAUAAGAAGUGGACGCGUGCCCCCUUCCCUAGCAGUUUUUGUCGUUUUCACCUGACAAUAUCUUCCUUCCCUCCUCGUCGCCUUGUCUCCCAUAAAGAUCAGCGUGUGAGAGAGAGAGAGAUUUAUAAAGGAGAAGCAACCCCAAUAUCCAGUUGCUAAAAACCUCCAUCUGUUGAAUCAUGGCCGCCGUUCCUCUUCCUGCCGUCCCUCAGUCUCCCGAAGGGUUUUACGCAAUCAACAACGAGUUUCUCAUGAAUGGGCCAAAAGGGUUUCAGGAGUACAAGAUGCUUGAGAACGAUAUCAUGUUCGUGAGAAUGGAUUUUCCCGGCGUUCCAGAAGAUGGCGUUAGUGUUACUCUUGAACCCUCCAAGACCCUUGUGAGUGUCAGCGCCCACGCACCCAAGGUCCAUACACACGACUUCUCUCACCGGAACUACCUCAUCAUCACCGGACUCGUAUGCGGAUGCUGCGAGAUCUCCGGCUUCACCUACCACAUGACCGACGGUGUUCUCAGGCUUCAUCUCUCCAAGACUAACAUCCUCCAUCCUCAACGCUCUUCCUGCAACUCGUUUCUCGGUGGCAUACGUUUCAGAGGAGAUGAUCUCUGUCGAUGUCCUCAGAGGCUUCCCUAUAACAGGGAUCCUUAUCACCCGGAUUUAACGGGUCCGUUGUUGAUUCCUCACCCGAAUGUGCGUCAAGGAACGACUAUGGCUUAUGAGUCAAAGCAGCUCGAGAGCGGCAGCCUAUACGUGCGUUUAGACAUGCCAGGUGUUCCCAAAGACAACUUCAACGUCUCCGUUUCGAGCGGGAGAGUCAAGGUGACUGGUCAAGCUCCUGCCGUUAGCCAUGACUCCGACGGUCGCUUCUACUCUGGUGACGUGGCUAUGCUUUCUGCUCCUGUUGACGUUCCUAGCCGUCCGAUCAAAACUAUCAUCAAGGAUGGUGUCAUUCGCCUCCUCAUCCCUUCCGUUUGAUGUGAAAAAACUCGUUCGCGUUUGAAAUAAUCUGUCUCCCGUGGUGGACCCCAGUUAUGUCGUUGCUUUGAGGAUUAUGUCAUUUUAUUUUAUGGACUUUAAUUUGGAUAUGUUCGCAACUGUUUUUUUUUAAAGCCCAUUCCCUUUAUGCACGAGUAGUGUUUUAACAACACUCGAUAUACAAGUUCAACACUACUUUGUUGAACCGUGCAAUAUACAAGUUCAACAAAGCUAGAGCUAAAACCGUAUGCUUCUCAGUUAUGGGAAUAUGUUGCUAAAGGUAUUCUGGGAUCUGCUUAUACUAAAGAUUGGUCUGAGAUACUGGUGAUUAUAUCGGAUGAGAAAAGGGAAAGAUGAGUAGAUUUUGUAUAAGAUAUGCAUUCCAGGUGGUGCUAUAUGCUGUGUGGAGAGAGCGUAACAAGCUAAGGCAUGGAGAGAAGCUGUUGCCUCUUCAAAUUAUCAAAAUACAGGUUGAGAAAGGAAUUAGAAACAAGAUCUCUUUGAUGAGAAUGGAUGAGGUGAAGGGUAUGGAGCAACUGAUGCAAUUUUGGUUUCUUACUAGAAUGUAAAAAGGAAGCUAAUAUGUAAGAAGGGGAGGGUAGUUGAUCUUGAGUUUUCUUUAUAGAAACAAAUGAUGCACUUGAUGUAUACAGGUUUUUUUGAAUGAAUCAAAAAAAAUAAAAAUAAAAAUAAAAUAAAAUAAAAUAAAACCGUACCAAUAAAUGGAAAAAAUGAGAGACUAAACAAAUCAGCAACACUCAAUUUCAUUACUCAAACUUCAACAAAACAAAAACAUCAAUCGAGGCAUUUCUCCAAAAAAGUUACCUUUUCUUUUUUGAAAUAAUGUUAAAUUUAUUCAAAAAUUUUUUUGUACAGACUGUUACAUUAACUGAAUGUUUUGAAAAAAGGAAAACAGAGACAGAAAACAAAGAAUCAUCUGUAGGAGAACCAAGUUUCCAUGGCCUUGUUAUACUUUCGAGCAUCCAACAUUCUCAAACUGGUUAUUCGAUUCCUAACCAGCUUGUCGAUGCGAGCGACCAAUACGGAUGUGGCCUUUGGCGUUUCACCAUGCCUUCUCCCAUUCAUUUCAUACCAAAUAGUGGAUAAGGUAGCUCCAAAAAGGUUACCAUUUAUAACAAAAACAUCAAAACAAAAACAUCAAUCUUAACAAAUUCAGUCUUUUUUUUCUUUCAACAGAGUUGGUUGAAUUAUUUGCAACUCGCAACUAUUUUUUAAUUCAAAUGGUAACCUUUUGGUGAAAUGUCAAAUUCACACCCAAUUAUUCCUUUAGCUGUGUGUAACCAUUUGCAUCUCAGACAAAGGGAUUUGUCUGCUAUAUAUAGCUCUAGCGAAAGAAAGAAAUAUAAUUUCUUGAGAAUGGCGCGUGGCUGAUGUGGUUGUUGUGGAUGCGUAGAGAGAAACUUAGUUGGGUGUUAUGUAGCUCUAUAUAGCGAUGUAUUAGUUGGUGACAUGCAGAAAAAUUGGUUGCUUGGGAAAAGGGAGAGAGGUGUAGGCUAGUUGCUCGAGAGCAUAGACAAUAGAUGAAGAUAAGGAAGAAGAGAGGAGAAAAAGAAACCGUUGUUAAUGUAAAUUUUACUUUUUCCAUGUCUCUUCCUCUUGAUCAUGCAUGUGUGUUAUUUCUUGUGGAUAACAAAGAGCUAAUUAACACGUUGAGUUCAUGUAAAAUGAUCUUCCAAUAGUUGAAAACAAGCUAGAACUAGUUGCAAAUUUGUAGUCGUCAAUAUGGAGACACGCCAGUUGUUUCUCUACACCGAUGCCUAUGGGGGAAAAUAAAAGCAACUUAAAAUCUAUAUGUGAUUGAUAGAGAACAGUCACAGAGCAGUUUGAACGGUGUUUCGCUUGCCGUUAAAAGCCCAUGUACGAGUUAACUAAGAUGAUUGAUCGAGUAAAUUAAACAUUAAGAGCCUCUCUUUUAUUAUGGAGUAGUGCUAAUUUUACAUUAGCCUCAAACAUCCUAGAUAAAACCUUACAUAUUAUUAUGAAACACGCGAUGAGGUGUGGUGUUGACAUAUAUCGACAACCACAUUCAUACACUCGAGG